CCCACCCACCCACUCACUGAUCCAUCCAUCCAUUAUCGCUCUCUCUCUUCCAUCAACCAACCAUCGCACUUUCUUUUCUUCUUUCUUUCUUUCUUUCUUUCUCGCCUUUUGUUUUUUUAUAUCUCUUUUCUCACUUUCAUUUUCUCUCUGCAUGUCCUUCCCGUUUGUUUCUCGAGAAAAAAAAAAAAAAUCUUUUUUCUUUUCCCUUUCUCGAGAACACACACUGACAGCCAAUUCAACAUACAUAUUUCAAAAAAAGAAAAAAGUGAAGUCAUUGAGGAAUCUAGAAAAAAAAAAAAAAAAAGACCGACUUUUAAUUUUUUCUCUUAUCUUUUUUACUGUAAUAAUACUGUUAGAGAGUAAAGUGUUUCUAUAUUUCUGUUUUAGUAUUUGUAGUUUGUGAAUGUAGGCUGAAGGAAGAGGUUUUGAGAAUGUAGAUGUUUUCGUUCUCCGAGCUCUUUCUCAGAUCUUCGGCUUUUUUCUAGGGAUUUUUUUUUUUUUUUAGUUUUUUUAAUAGAACCCUAGCUCUAGGUCGUCUAGCUCCUCUUUUACAUUAACAAUGCACGGCUACAGCCGACUCGGCACUGCACGGGUUAAUGGCUCGCCGCCGUCCUCGCCUCGGUUCCGCCACGGUCGGAAUAAGAACACCGGUGGUGGGAGGGGAUCAAAGCAGAGCAUUUUGGAGAAGCUUGUGUUUGUACUAAUAUCGGCGGUGUUUAGGAGGCGAGGCGUGCUGUUGUUCGCUCCGCUGUUGUACAUUUCAGGGAUGUUGUUGUAUAUGGGUACGGUGAACUUUGAUGUUAGUUUUAAGAACGCUGUUGUUGUUGUCCACAAGCGUCCUCCUCCGGGCUCCGUUUAUAGAAGCCCUCAGGUUUUCCAGAAGCUCUGGUCUCUUAUGGAAGCUGAGAGCAAUGGAACUAAUAAUGGGUUAAUGUCAAUAUGGAAUUUUAAACUGCGGCAAGGCUGGAAGCCUUGUGUUAAAAAGGAUAUCUCCAAAGCAGAAUUGCCAAAUUCAAAUGGUUUCUUCAUAAUUGAAGCAAAUGGUGGGUUAAACCAGCAACGAAUAUCGAUUUGUGAUGCAGUUGCUGUGGCUGGUCUACUAAAUGCAACUCUUGUCAUUCCAAUUUUUCAUUUAAAUAGUGUUUGGCGAGAUUCCAGCCACUUUGGGGAAAUAUAUGAUGAAGAUUUCUUCAUUCAUGCACUCAGACAUCAUGUGAAUGUUGUCAGAGAACUACCAGAAGAUAUACUUCAGCGUUUUGAUAAUAAUAUAAGCAAUAUUGUUAAUCUGAGACUAAAAGCUUGGUCAAGUCCCACCUACUAUCUUCAGAAGGUCCUGCCAAAGUUGAUGGAGCUGAAGGCUGUACGCGUUGCACCUUUCUCCAACAGAUUGGCUCAUGCAGUUCCUUCAAACGUCCAAGGGCUUAGAUGCUUAGCUAAUUUUGAAGCACUGAGAUUUUCACAACCUAUAAAAACACUGGCAGAGAAAAUGGUUGAUCGAAUGGUUAAGAAUAGCUCCCACAGUGGUGGAAAAUAUGUUUCAGUCCAUCUUCGGUUUGAAGAAGACAUGGUUGCUUUUUCAUGCUGCGAAUAUGGUGGUGGGGAUGAAGAGAAACAUGAAAUGGAUGUUGCUCGAGAAAGAAGCUGGAGAGGAAAAUUCAGGAGAAGGGGUAGAGUAAUAAGGCCUGGUGCAAAUCGCAUGGAUGGAAAAUGCCCUUUAACUCCAUUGGAGGUUGGAAUGAUGCUGAGGGGCAUGGGUUUUGAUAAUACCACCUCAGUAUACGUUGCAGCAGGAAAAAUUUAUAAAGCAGAAAAAUACAUGGCCCCACUUAAGCAGAUGUUUCCACGAUUAGAAACGAAAGAUACACUGGCAACUCAAGAAGAACUAGCUCCUUUUAAGGGCCACUCAUCUAGGUUGGCUGCCCUUGAUUAUACGGUAUGCCUUCACAGUGAAGUAUUUGUCACCACCCAGGGUGGAAAUUUUCCCCACUUUUUGAUGGGUCACAGGCGCUACUUGUAUGGGGGACAUGCCAAGACAAUAAAACCUGACAAGAGGAGAUUAGCAUUAUUAUUUGAUAAUCCCAACAUCAAAUGGGAUGCCUUUAAGCGGCAAAUGCGAGACAUGCUUCGCCGCAGUGAUCAAAAGGGUAUUGAAAUGAGAAAGGCCAGUGGAUCACUCUAUACAUUUCCCAUGCCAGAUUGCAUGUGUAAACAAGCCGAAGCAAGUAUCGAAAGCAGUAAUACCACAGAUACAUAGAUAGGAGCUUCAGUAUAAAAAAUUGUCUUGGUUAAUAAUUUAUUUUAUUUUUUUUGUAUACAUGUAAUUUAUGUAACAUCGUUCGAUUUGAGUUGUGAUGUGAUUCUUUCAUUCGAGUAGAGUGGUGUUGGAGGUUCUGAUUCUUUGUUGGGUUGAGUAGGACUGCCAUCCGAACCAGUGGUUUGGUUAACAAAAUUCAUUGUACAUGGAAGGUAAAAAUUCUUUUGUAGCAAAAAUCUUCUGCUUCUUUUCUUCUGUGACUCGAUGGAAGAGUAUUUUGUAACAAGCAAUGUUCAAACUUUGUUUUGAUUAUUAUUAUUAUUAUUAUUAUUUUAUUGUUA